UCCUGCAGGGCCUUGUACACAUAUGAGGACAACAGCAAUGAUUUGACACUGGCAUCAUCAGGAGGUAAGCUGAAUCUACCACAUAUUUGUCCAUCCAUCCAUCCAUCCAUCCAUCCAUCUACACUCUUAAAUGUGAUGUUUCUUUGUUGUUUCUUUGAUUAAGCCUUUACACUCAAGGGAAUUGGCCUAUAUAGUUAGUAUGGCCGGGGUGAUACUAGUGUGGGAAUUGGCCUAUAUAGUUAGUAUGGCCGGGGUGAUACUAGUGUGGGAAUUGGCCUAUAUAGUUAGUAUGGCCGGGGUCAUACUAGUGUGGGUAUUGGCCUAUAUAGUUAGUAUGGCCGGGGUGAUACUAGUGUGGGAAUUGGCCUAUAUAGUUAGUAUGGCCGGGGUGAUACUAGUGUGGGAAUUGGCCUAUAUAGUUAGUAUGGCCGGGGUGAUACUAGUGUGGGAAUUGGCCUAUAUAGUUAGUAUGGCCGGGGUGAUACUAGUGUGGGUAUUGGCCUAUAUAGUUAGUAUGGCCGGGGUGAUACUAGUGUGGGAAUUGGCCUAUAUAGUUAGUAUGGCCGGGGUGAUACUAGUGUGGGAAUUGGCCUAUAUAGUUAGUAUGGCCGGGGUGAUACUAGUGUGGGAAUUGGCCUAUAUAGUUAGUAUGGCCGGGGUGAUACUAGUGUGGGAAUUGGCCUAUAUAGUUAGUAUGGCCGGGGUGAUACUAGUGUGGGAAUUGGCCUAUAUAGUUAGUAUGGCCGGGGUGAUACUAGUGUGGGUAUUGGCCUAUAUAGUUAGUAUGGCCGGGGUGAUACUAGUGUGGGAAUUGGCCUAUAUAGUUAGUAUGGCCGGGGUGAUACUAGUGUGGGAAUUGGCCUAUAUAGUUAGUAUGGCCGGGGUGAUACUAGUGUGGGAAUUGGCCUAUAUAGUUAGUAUGGCCGGGGUGAUACUAGUGUGGGAAUUGGCCUAUAUAGUUAGUAUGGCCGGGGUGAUACUAGUGUGGCGAUACUCAUUAGUAUCGUGGCAAGGAACAAAACACAAAGCAGAUUUAAGUUCUUUAGGAAAACAGCCCUAAUGUUACAAACAUUAUUAUGUUGUCAUCCAGAGUCACAUUUAUUUAUCUUUAUUUUACAUACAGCAGGUUUUUAAAGGGACACUUCAGGAUUUUGGCAAUGAGGCCCUUUAUCUACAGUGAGGGAAAAAAGUAUGUGAUCCCCUGCUGAUUUUGUACGUUUGCCCACUGACAAAGAUAUGAUCAGUCUAUAAUUUUAAUGGUAGGUUUAUUUGAACAAUGAGAGACAGAAUAAAAGAAAAAAAAUCCAGAAAAAUGCAUGUAAAAAAUGAUAUAAAUUGAUUUGCAUUUUAAUGAGGGAAAUAAGUAUUUGACCCCUCUGCAAAACAUGACUUAGUACUUGGUGGCAAAACCCUUGUUGGCAAUCACAGAGGUCAGACGUUUCUUGUAGUUGGCCACCAGGUUUGCACACAUCUCAGGAGGGAUUUUGUCCCACUCCUCUUUGCAGAUCUUCUCCAAGUCAUUAAGGUUUCGAGGCUGACGUUUGGCAACUCGAACCUUCAGCUCCCUCCACAGAUUUUCUAUGGGAUUAAGGUCUGGAGACUGGCUAGGCCACUCCAGGACCUUAAUGUGCUUCUUCUUGAGCCACUCCUUUGUUGCCUUGGCCGUGUGUUUUGGGUCAUUGUCAUGCUGGAAUACCCAUCCACGACCCAUUUUCAAUGCCCUGGCUGAGGGAAGGAGGUUCUCACCCAAGAUUUGACGAUACAUGGCCCCGUCCAUCGUCCCUUUGAUUCGGUGAAGUUGUCCUGUCCCCUUAGCAGAAAAACACCCCCAAAGCAUAAUUUUUCCACCUCCAUGUUUGACGGUGGGGAUGGUGUUCUUGGGGUCAUAGGCAGCAUUCCUCCUCCUCCAAACACGGCGAGUUGAGUUGAUGCCAAAGAGCUCGAUUUUGGUCUCAUCUGACCACAACACUUUCACCCAGUUCUCCUCUGAAUCAUUCAGAUGUUCAUUGGCAAACAUCAGACGGGCAUGUAUAUGUGCUUUCUUGAGCAGGGGGACCUUGCGGGUGCUGCAGGAUUUCAGUCCUUCACGGUGUAGUGUGUUACCAAUUGUUUUCUUGGUGACUAUGGUCCCAGCUGCCUUGAGAUCAUUGACAAGAUCCUCCUGUGUAGUUCUGGGCUGAUUCCUCACCGUUCUCAUGAUCAUUGCAACUCCACGAGGUGAGAUCUUGCAUGGAGCCCCAGGCCGAGGGAGAUUGACAGUUAUUUUGUGUUUCUUCCAUUUGCGAAUAAUCGCACCAACUGUUGUCACCUUCUCACCAAGCUGCUUGGCGAUGGUCUUGUAGCCCAUUCCAGCCUUGUGUAGGUCUACAAUCUUGUCCCUGACAUCCUUGGAGAGCUCUUUGGUCUUGGCCAUGGUGGAGAGUUUGGAAUCUGAUUGAUUGAUUGCUUCUGUGGACAUGUGUCUUUUAUACAGGUAACAAGCUGAGAUUAGGAGCACUCCCUUUAAGAGUGUGCUCCUAAUCUCAGCUCGUUACCUGUAUAAAAGACACCUGGGAGCCAGAAAUCUUUCUGAUUGAGAGGGGGUCAAAUACUUAUUUCCCUCAUUAAAAUGCAAAUCAAUUUAUAACAUUUUUGACAUGUGUUUUUCUGGAUUUUUUGUUGUUGUUCUGUCUCUCACUGUUCAAAUAAACCUACCAUUAAAAUUAUAGACUGAUCAUGUCUUUGUCAGUGGGCAAACGUACAAAAUCAGCAGGGGAUCAAAUACUUUUUUCCCUCACUGUACUUCCCCAGAGUCAGAUGAACUCAUCGAUACCAUUUUUAUGUAUGUGUCCAGUAUGAAGGAAGUUAUAGGUAGUUUUGCGAGUCAAUGCUAACUAGCGUUAGCGCAAUGACUGAAAGUCUAUGGGUAUCUCCUAGCAUGCUAGCAGAUACCCAUAGAGCCGGAGGAGCGCAUAUUAAUCCUGCUGUAGGUCUGAUUGCGGUCAAACGAACGACUAAAAUGAACGAGUCACAGCAGGUCAAAUGAACAACUAAAAUGAACGAGUCACUCAGAAAAACAAAUUAUGACACUUGACUUAGUAAAAAGAGUCGUUCAAAAAGAACGAAUUGUUUGCGAACUGCUCAUUACUACCACCCGCUUGUUCAAUUGCCAAAAUGACUAACUAAGUGUUAGGCUUUCACAAGGCAAUUGUAAUUUUGGUGCUUAUAGAAAGGACUCAUGAGUGCAUUUAGGUACGUGUUCUGUGGCAAAUUGCUUGCUAUGACAUCAAAGCGGUAUUUAUUAUAAUCCUCAAUGUCUCAUCUUUCAAAAUACAUAGUCCUCUUAAUUUACAGCAUUUCCCUCACUCGGACAACACAAAUAUGGCAAAAAUUGCCCAAUUAGGGGGAGGGAUGGGGCAACUUCUUGUCACGUGCGGUGCUCAAAUCCAGAACAUUUGUCAGUCAAAACCCAUACAGCACUGUGAAGUACAGAGCCAGAGCUCUGACGUCAUGUAUAGCAUGUUACUACCACUGCGUUCCAAUUUAGGCGCUUAUCAGUGCCCAAAUCUACCAUUUUCAACCCGUAUACAGGUACGAGUAUAAAGGGCUACACUACUCUCUCUGCCUCUUGCCUUGAUAACAUGUAUUGAGAUGGGGAAAGAGCCUGCCAUUGACUUAUAGUGACUCUUUGUCUGGAUGGGAAAUGUCGCAGUGGCAUACUUAUUAGCUUUGAGGCCUCCAUUGAAAGUGAGCCAGCCAUUGUUGUCCAUGUUAAGAUGAUAACUAUUUCAUUAGUUAGUUAGUUAUUAUGCCUGUUAAUGAAAGUGAUCCAUAUCUCAGAUACACAGAACAGUACCUGCUGCUUUGCUCUCACUGCUCUGUUAAUUAUGUCUGGGAGAGAUGCUGAUAGGUUGGCCUUGUCUUCUGAGAUCUACUAUUUUCCCUGGUGGAGGCUUGGAACAAUGCGCGCACACACACAGAGUAUGAUUUAGUGCAAUGUUUGUGGAGAGGCAGACCAUCAGUCAUCCUAUUGGUGUACAGUAGGUGGAGUGGGCGGGCUGGACCAGUGAGGCCUCACUCUGAUUCGACAGAUGGGGUUUGAGUAUGUUUGUGAGUGUGUGAUGCUGUUGGUGGCAGCUCUGUUUACUUGCAUAAGAGUAGUCAGGUUUGAGUGUGGUAUUUGUCUCAUCAUGACCCUGUGAAAGACGCAGGUGUGUGUCUCCACUCCCCCACCUCACUUCACACAGUCAGCUGCCUCGCCAUCUCAAUAACUUUACCAUAGAUUAGAUUUUAAUAUUUCAACAGCGCAUUGCUACAGUUGACUGGAGGUUGCCUAUUCUCUGUGGACUUAAGCCUGCCAUACUAGCAGACUGCAGCUCUCCUCAGUGUAAGUCAUGGAGAACAUGCAUCUGCCCACCAACCAGCCAGAACUGUCACUAUCAAGCUAUUGAAUGAUUCCAUUGGAUGGUAACAGUGAGGAUCUUAUAGGGCAGAGACCUGCCUCUGCCUGGAGCAGAGACUGAGUCAGGGGGUAACACUCAGGUCAGCCUGGAGAGUGGUAUCGGUGUGUUUUUGUGGAAAUACUGCACAUCUCCAUCAUCUGUUUUUUCUCCUCUUCCUCCCUUUUCUACCUCCUCCUCCUCCCCUCCUCCUCUAGCUGGAGGUCUACCAGAGAUCACAGUGACCUUCGACAAUGGCAGGGUCAUGUACGGCUUCUGCAGCCUGAAGGAGCCAACGGCCGCACUGCCGCGCUACGUCCUCAUCAACUGGGUGAGUCGUGUGUGUGUGUGUGUGUGUGUGUGUGUGUGUGUGUGUUUCACAAUGAAUAAAAAUAAGAAGAACAUGAGAAAGUAAAUGGGGAAGUAAGUACAGUGGGGGAAAAAAGUAUUUUGUCAGCCACCAAUUGUGCAAGUUCUCCCACUUAAAAAGAUGAGAGAGGCCUGUAAUUUUUAAAAAAAGAAAAAAAAUCCAGAAAAUCACAUUGUAGGAUUUUUUAUGAAUUUAUUUGCAAAUUAUGGUGGAAAAUAAGUAUUUGGUCGAAAAAGUUUCUCAAUACUUUGUUAUAUACCCUUUGUUGGCAAUGACACAGGUCAAAUGUUUUCUGUAAGUCUUCACAAGGUUUUCACACACUGUUGCUGGUAUUUUGGCCCAUUCCUCCAUGCAGAUCUCCUCUAGAGCAGUGAUGUUUUGGGGCUGUCGCUGGGCAACACAGACUUUCAACUCCCUCCAAAGAUUUUCUAUGGGGUUGAGAUCUGGAGACUGGCUAGGCCACUCCAGGACCUUGAAAUGCUUCUUACGAAGCCACUCCUUCGUUGCCCGGGCGGUGUGUUUGGGAUCAUUGUCAUGCUGAAAGACCCAGCCACGUUCAUCUUCAAUGCCCUUGCUGAUGGAAGGAGGUUUUCACUCAAAAUCUCACGAUACAUGGCCCCAUUCAUUCUUUCCUUUACACGGAUCAGUCGUCCUGGUCCCUUUGCAGAAAAACAGCCCCAAAGCAUGAUGUUUCCACCCCCAUGCUUCACAGUAGGUAUGGUGUUCUUUGGAUGCAACUCGGCAUUCUUUGUCCUCCAAACACGACGAGUUGAGUUUUUACCAAAAAGUUAUAUUUUGGUUUCAUCUGACCUUAUGACAUUCUCCCAAUCCUCUUCUGGAUCAUCCAAAUGCACUCUAGCAAACUUCAGACGGGUCUGGACAUGUACUGGCUUAAGCAGGGGGACACGUCUGGCACUGCAGGAUUUGAGUCCCUGGCGGCGUAGUGUGUUACUGAUGGUAGGCUUUGUUACUUUGGUCCCAGCUCUCUGCAGGUCAUUCACUAGGUCCCCCCGUGUGGUUCUGGGAUUUUUGCUCACCGCUCUUGUGAUCAUUUUGAGAUCUUGCGUGGAGCCCCAGAUCGAGGGAGAUUAUCAGUGGUCUUGUAUGUCUUCCAUUUCCUAAUAUUUGCUCCCACAGUUGAUUUCUUCAAACCAAGCUGCUUACCUAUUGCAGAUUCAGUCUUCCCAGCCUGGUGCAGGUCUACAAUUUUGUUUCUGGUGUCCUUUGACAGCUCUUUGGUCUUGGCCAUAGUGGAGUUUGGAGUGUGACUGUUUGAGGUUGUGGACAGGUGUCUUUUAUACUGAUAACAAGUUCAAACAGGUGCCAUUAAUACAGGUAACGAGUGGAGGACAGAGGAGCCUCUUAAAGAAGAAGUUACAGGUCUGUGAGAGCCAGAAAUCUUGCUUGUUUGUAGGUGACCAAAUACUUAUUUUCCACCAUAAUUUGCAAAUAAAUUCAUUAAAAAUCCUACAAUGUGAUUUUCUGGAAUUUUCUUUCUCAUUUUGUCUGCCAUUGUUGACGUGUACCUAUGAUGAAAAUUACAGCUCUCUCUCAUCUUUUUAAGUGGGAGAACUUGCACAAAUGGUGGCUGACUAAAUACUUUUUUCCCCCACUGUAUACUAUAUACAGGGUCAGUCAGUUCCAGUACUAUAUUUCCAAUGUACAGGGAUACUGGAGUGACGGAGGUAGAUAUAUAUAGGGGUAAGGUGACUAGUCAUCAGGAUAUAUGAUAAACAGAGUUGCAUUAUAUUUUUGGUCAGUAUAUGUCUAUAAAUGUGUGUGUGUACAGUAUAUGUGCAUCUCUGUUUGCCUUUAUGAGUAUACACUGUAUGUGUAGUGUCACACAGGCUUUCUCUCUGAUUGCCCAAGCCCUCCUUCCUGUCAGUGUGAAGCUGAGAGGAAUAGGAGCUCAGGCAGUCUGAGACAGCCUAAUGGGCUAUCUGUCCCUAUCCUUGUGGCAGGCCUAGGCCCAGACAUCCCCUCUGGCUACUGGUCUCUGUCACAGAACCACUCACCACUCUGCUCUGCACUGACCCAUAUACUGUAGCACACAGCAGAAUGACAAUCAUGAUUUAAAUUUGCAGUAGCUAUUGCUUUCCUCAAGUCACAAUGUAAAGGGUUUGAUAUGGUAGCUAACUCAUACCACAUACAGUAUGAAGCACCCAUACAUGAAGACUGGACUAAAUUGCAUGGGAUAAGUAUACAGCAAAUUGUAUAAUGUAUUUGUCACAAUAGAGAAUAGAGAUGAAGGGAGGGAUGGAGAAAGAAGGAGAGAUGUUCGACUGGCCCUAUAGUGAGAUAUGGGUUAUCGUGUUCAUUAUUGCAACCCUCCAUUUUGGGUUCCUUGUAAUUCUCAGGCACUGCAUUUGCCCAUAAACUCCCCUCUCAAACAGGAAACUGAAAAUAUGUGCCAUUUUCUUGUUGUCUUUAUUAUAAGUUGUGCUUCUGAGUGGCGCAGUGGUCUAAGGCACUGCAUCGCAGUGCUAACUGUGCCACUAGAGAUCCUGGUUCGAAUCCAGGCUCUGUCGCAGCCGGCCGCGACCGGGAGACUCAUGGGCGGCGCACAAUUGGCCCAGCGUCGUCCAGGGUAGGGGAGGGAAUGGCCGGCAGGGAUGUAGCUCAGUUGAUAGAGCAUGGCGUUUGCAACGCCAGGGUUGUGGGUUCGAUUCCCACGGGGGGCCAGUAUAAAAAAAAAAAGAUGUAUUCACUAACUGUAAGUCGCUCUGGAUAAGAGCGUCUGCUAAAUGACUAAAAUGUAAAUGUAAAUGUAAUAAGUUCUAAGACGUGAUUUAAUAGUAAAGUAUUCAGAGCAGUUCUCCAGAGAUAUUUCAUUAACUAGGUGAAUGGCCCUGAAAUUGCUAUUAUUUGACCAAUUAUUGUAUUAUUUUAUGAUUCUGUAGCAGCAGUACCAAAUCAGUAGCCAUGUGUUUUUAUGAUUGAUAACUAUUCCACUAUUCUUUUUAUGUAAUCAGUGGCCAUUGUGUAUAUCUACUGUUGUUUUCAAAAGGCCAUGAUAAUGUCGUCCUACCAGGAAUUUUCCUUUUGAGGAACAAUGCUUCAUUCAUUUACUACUGUAAAACUGAACACAAAGACACCAAUUUAAAGUUGAAUACAAUUCUAUCUUGAAUCCUUAAACACACAAAACAAUACUUUCAAUGUCACUACUUUGAUUGAUUGAUUGAUUGAUUGAUUAUGGUGAUUAUAUCCUUGAAAGGGGUAAUAUACAGAAACUCUAACCUGCCUUUCCUGUCUUCCCUCUUCCACCCCUUCCCCCAUUUCCCUCCCCUCUCCCUCUCUGUCCUCUCCCCUUCCCCUCUCCCUCUCUGUCCUCUCCCCCUCCCCUCUCCCUCUCUGUCCUCUCCCCCUCCCCUCUCCCUCUCUGUCCUCUCCCCUCCCCUCUCCCUCUCUGUCCUCUCCCCUUCUCCUCUCCCUCUCUGUCCUCUCCCCUUCUCCUCUCCCUCUCUGUCCUCUCCCCUUCUCCUCUCCCUCUCUGUCCUCUCCCCUUCCCCUCUCCCUCUCUGUCCUCUCCCCUUCCCCUCUCCCUCUCUGUCCUCUCCCCUUCCCCUCUCCCUCUCUGUCCUCUCCCCUUCUCCUCUCCCAGGUUGGUGAGGAUGUGCCUGAUGCCAGGAAGUGUCAGUGUGCCAGCCAUGUGGCCAACAUUGCAGAGUUUUUCCAGGUCAGUCUCACUGAGGUAAACCCAACUGCUACACUAAGACUCUCUCUGACACAUUGUUGAAACUGUUUAAUAAAACUUACCUGGAUUACUAAAUUAAAACAUAUUGGAUGUCUGAUGAAUGCCAUCUGCUCCUCUGUCUCAGAGUAGGAGUGCUGAUCUGGGAUCAGGACCCCCUGUCCAUAAUCUAAAAAAGCAAACUGAUUUCCUACUCAUUAUGAAUAUGGGCCUAGAUUCUCCUCCAGGGUCCUUCAGUGGUGCUCAUUUAAUGACUUAGAUCUAAAAUAUGGAGAGAGAGACUGUAUUGGCAUCUACCAGCCCAGCCAGCGCAGAGGCCUAGGGCCAUUUUAGCUUCCUAUUGAGAUUCAGCUCGGUGCUCUCUGGGUAUAGGAGUGAUUCCACUGGUCCGCCCACAGGAUCAGUAGAGGUUAUGUGUGUGUAUAUGUAUGUAUGACUAACACAGCACUCUCUAAGGUUAUUGUGAACAAGGUGCUUGGCGGUAGUAGACAGAUAAAUGACACUUCUCUGCCUUUUAUCCAUGGUAUCUCCUGAAUAUGUGUGGGAGAGAUGGAGAUAAAGAGCAGAGUCUUUCUCCUGACUGUGAAGGCCAUGGAGCUGGAGGAAUCCUGGCUAGCAAGCCUCAGUCAAUUGAUGUGAAGUGUCAGUCAUCUUCGCCUUAACAGCUCUUUUCUGUGGCCAUCUGCUUGCUCACACUGACGGCUCUGGCCUUCGAUUUAAUGUGGGAUUAGCUGGUUGAAAAGGCUUUAGUUAGCUGGGAGACACAAACACUUGUCAGGUACACGCACAGGCAGGCAGGACACACAUGCAGACAGGCAGGCAGACACGCACAUACACACAUUUACAUACACACAAACACAGGCAGACAUGUAGGUAGGCACACGCCACAGUCCCUCUGUUUGCUGUGUGUUUGAAGAUGAACCAGUGUAUGGUUUAUCCUGUCUCAGAGAUCAUCCUUACACACACACAACAGGAUUCCCACAGCAUCACUCUCUCUCCCACACACAGAACAGCCAUUUUGAUCUGUGUGUCUUCUAUAUUCCUCUGUUUUCUGGGAACACGAAAAUGCAAACCAGUUUUGUGUCGUUGUACACUGAGUGUACAAAACAUUAGGAACACCUGCUCUUUCCAUGACAGACACUGACCAGGUGAAAGCUAUGAUCCCUUAGAGGAAUAGGAGCUCAGGCAAUCUGAGACAGCCUAAUGGGCUAUCUGUCCCUAUCCUUGUGGCAGGCCUAGGCCCAGACAUCAACUCUGGCUACUGGUCUCUGUCACAGAACAACCGGUGCGCCUGGUACCUACUACCAUACCCUGUUCAAAGGCACUUAAAUAUUUUGUCUUGCCCAUUCACCCUAUGAAUGGCACACAUACACAAUUCAUGUCUCAAUUGUCUCAAGGCUUAAAUUGCCUCACCUGUUAAAUCCAUCAGUGUAGAUGAAGGGGAGUAGACAGGUAAAAAAAUAUUUUUUUUGACAAUUGAGACAUGGAUUGUGUAUAUGUGCCGUUCAGAGGGUGAAUGGGCAAGACAAAAUAUUUAAGUGCCUUUGAACAGGGUAUGGUAGUAGGUGCCAGGCGCACCAGUUUGAGUGUGUCAAGAACUGCAACGCUGCUGGGUUUUUCACGCUCAACAGUUUACCGUGUGUAUCAAGAAUGAUCCACCACCCAAAGGACAUCCAGCUGACUUGACACAACUGAGGGAAGCAUUGGAGUCAACAUGGGCCAGCAUCCCUGUGGAACACUUUCGACAUCUUGUACUCCAUGCCCUGACGAAUUGACGCUGUACAGAGGGCAAAAGGUGGUGCAACUCAAUGUUGGGAUGGUGUUCCCAAUGUUUUGCGCACUCGGUGUAUAUGUGCAUGAUAUUAAACACUGUUUUAUGUAUUUUAGCUUCAAUUCAUAGUCUGGCAUGGAGCACAUACGCAUUUCUCCCUCACCCCUCUUGACCUCCUCUCUUGCAUCCUCUUAGGCCAUCUCUGGCCUCCCACCCUCUAUUUCUCCCUCCCUCCCUCUCUCCAUGACAUAACCACUUUUAUCCUUCCAGCCAUGUGUUCUGUUGCUCUAUAGCUGAAGAGUGAUGUGUGUGUGUGUGUGUGUGUGUGUGUGUGUGUGUGUGUGUGUGUGUGUGUGUGUGUGUGUGUGCGCACACACAUUGCCCCAAUCAAAGGUUGUCUGAGGAGGCCUGUGCCCUGUAGUCUGACACUAAUAGAACCUCUGGGAUCUUGCUCCUUUUACCGUGGGAUACCAUCUCACACAAUCAAUUUAAAGGGGAAGGGUAUACUUCCAUUGAAGGGGCGUUUUUUGCUUUUCUGCCCGCAGGGAGUCAACGUCAUCGUCAAUGCCAGCACCAUGGACGACAUCGAACCAUCCGCCAUCGGACAGAGACUGACCAAUGGGACGGCUUUGGUGGCCAGCCCCGUCCUCAGCCGGCUGAGAACCAGAGAGGAGGAGAACGGAGAGCAUGGAGUGGUACGAGAGAGGGGGAGGAGAGGGAGAGAGGGAGGGGGGGGGGGGGGGGUGGAGAGAAGGGUUUAAGGGACAGAGUGACAGAGUCUGGCAGGAGAGGGGAGCGGGUGUUACGACUGAGGUCAAAAUAAGUUGUCUGUGAAAGAGCUCUCUAUUAGUGUGAUGUGUGACACAAGGCCACAGCCAUGUUACUAUUUUAGAGGAGAGGAGAGAGUGGGGGAGAGAGAGGGAGAAAUUGAGGGAGGGAGACGACAGGGGGAGAGGUAGACAGAAAGAGCAAGAGGGGGAGAGAAAGAGAGGGAAAGAGAUGAUGAAGAAAGAGAUGGAGGCAGAGAAAGCGUUGGAGCGGGCCUCUGAGAGCGAGGCAUUGUUAAUGUUUAGGAACUGAGACAAUAGGCCUUACUGUGUGUUAUAGGGUUAAUAAGGAAUGAGUCACUCAGCUGGACAGAUAGCAGGCUCCUUCCUCAUUCUCUCUGUUUAUCUGGACAGAACUGAACUAGGACGUUAGGCUAGCGCUAUGCUAAAGGGACAUUACAUUCUAAUAAAUAAUCUAGAGCGUAUUGUUGGCAAAACAUGACCACAUGUUGAAGCAAAUAACAAGAGCUUGAAGGUUGAGAUGACACUAACGAAAUGCACUAUAUCAUGUGUUUUUUACAAUGCGGAAGGCUGUUCUAGUAUUCAACACGCUUAGUGUCACACUGGCACUUUUGAACAGGCUACCUUGUGGAUAGCAUCUACAGUGCCUUCAGAAAGUAUUAACUUUUUCCAUGUUUUGUUGUUACAGCCAGAAAUCAUUUUUAUUUUUUUUCUGUAAUUUUAGCAGAUGCUCUUAUCCAGAGCGACUUACAGUUAGUGAGUGCAUACAUUUUUCAUACAAUUUAAAAUUGAUUACAUUUAGAUUUUGUGUCACUGGCCUACACACAACACCCCAUAAUGUCAAAGUGGAAUUAUUGUUUUUAGACAUUUUUACAAAUUAAUUAAAAGUAAAAAGCUGACAUGUCUUGAGUCAAUAAGUAUUCAACCCCUAAAUACGUUCAGGAGUAGAAAUGUGCUUAACAAGUUGCAUGUACUCACUCUGUGUGCAAUUAUAGUGUUUAACAUGAUUUUUUAAUGACUACCUCAUCUCUGUACCCCACACAUACAAUUAUCUGUAAGGUCCAUCAGUCAAACAGUGAAUUUCAAACACAGAUUCAACCACAAAGACCAGGGAGGUUUUCCAAUGCUUUGCAAAGAAGGGCACCUGUUGGUAGAUGGGUAAAAAAAAAAAAGCAGACGUUGAAUAUCUAUUUUUAUCAUGGGGAAGUUAUUAAUUACACUUUGGAUGGUGUAUCAAUACACCCAGUCACUACAAAGAUACAGGUGUCCUUCCUAAUUCAGUUGCCGGGGAGGAAGGAAACGGCUCAGAGAUUUCACCAUGAGGCCAAUGGUGACUUUAAAACAGUUACAGAGUUUAAUGGCUGUGAUUGGAGAAAACUGAGGAUGGAUCAACAACAUUGUAGUUACUCCACAAUACUAACCUAGAUGACAGAGUACAGAAUAAAAAUAUUCCAAAACACUAAAGUGGCACUAAAGUAAAACUGCAAAAAAUGUGGCAAAGAAAUUAACUGUAUGUCCUGAAUACAAAGCGUUAUGUUUGGGGCAAAUCCAACACACCACGUUACUGAGUACCACUUCAUAUUUUCAAGCAUGGUGGUGGCUGCAUCCAUUUUGAAUUCAGGAUGUAACAUAACAAAAUGUGAAAUAUGUCAAGGGGUACAAAUACUUUCUGAAGGCACUGCACCUUUUUAAGGCCCUUACCUAAGGGGUUCAAGUACAGGCUGUACUAUUCUCUCUGUAUCUGAAUCAUAAAUCACUUAGUGCUUUCUCUGCUUGUAAUGGAAACGACCCGAUACUCCCCCUGAUAUAGAAGUUAAAGUUGUAUAACUAAUAUAAUUUAUACCCCGGCAGUGGCGUACAAUAAAUGAUACGGUGUGUGUGGAACAGAAAUAUGACACUAUAUGUCUAGUCUGACCCUGUUGGUUACGGGGUGGUGGGGUGGAAUAGGAUUUGGAGGGCACAGAACUGUGUGUGAGUGUACACAUGGCUUGGCUCUUUUACUAAUGGUUGUAACCAACCACUUCCUGUUCCCUUCUGCUCUUUCCCUAUUGGACGAAUGUUCAGGGCACCGUGUACACCAAGACCAAUGCAGAGAUCGAGAUGAAGAAGAUCAAUAGAGAGGAAUUCUGGGAACAAGCCAAGGUAGGAAAGAACAUGAUUUCAGGAGGGAGGAAAAGCGGGGUGGAAGGAGGCUGGGGGGUUUGACCGGGACAAGGACUCUGGAAACAAGAAGAGCAGAGCAGCAGUGUUAUUUGUUCUUCUGUCUUUUUUCCUCUACCUUUUCCUCAGACUAGUAGUGAUGGCAUGAAUAGCGGUUUCAAUUUGAGUGUGUGUGUGUAGAAGUAGGAUCAAAACAAAGUCAAACAAUGUUCCCCUUCUUCCUGAAGCGUUGCCACUAGCCAAUAAGACAAACUCAAAUGCGAUAUGACAUCAACUGCUGUCUGUCCUUUAGGUUAUUUGAAUUUGAAUCAUUGUGAGGGGGCGGCUUUGCCCUCUACAAGUUAGACUCGACUCUGAAAUGCAACUUUAUCUGAGUAGAUUUCAAUCUACAAAUUGCCUGUUGAUUUUGCUUCCUCUCAAUAGGACCAAAGCCAAAUGUUCUGUUUUGCAUUUCAGUCAUUGAUGUUUUGUGAUGUAGUGACUAAUUCAAAGUGAUUAUUGAAGUAUUUCGAUUUUUUUUCUUACAUAUUUGAUUGUUUUUGACAGGACAGAUAUAAGUACAGAUAUGUAGACCGAUAUAGAGAGGGAUAUAGAGGGUCUCAACCCCGUCGCUGAGGGGGCAUACAGUGAGGAGGAAAAGUAUUUGAUCCCCUGCUGAUUUUGUACGUUUGCCCACUGACAAAGAAAUGAUCAGUCUAUAAUUUUAAUGGUAGGUUUAUUUGAACAGUGAGAGACAGAAUAACAACAACAAAAACACGCAUGUCAGAAAUGUUAUAAAUUGAUUUGUAUUUUAAUGAGGGAAAUAAGUAUUUGACCCCCUCUCAACCAGAAAGAUUUCUGGCUCCCAGGUGUCUUUUAUACAGGUAACGAGCUGAGAUUAGGAGCACAAUCAUAAAGGGAGUGCUCCUAAUCUCAGCUUGUUACCUGUAUAAAAGACACCUGUCCACAGAAGCAAUCAAUCAAUCAGAUUCCAAACUCUCCAACAUGGCCAAGACCAAAGAGCUCUCCAAGGAUGUCAGGGACAAGAUUGUAGACCUACACAAGGCUGGAAUGGGCUACAAGACCAUCGCCAAGCAGCUUGGUGAGAAGGUGACAACAGUUGGUGCGAUUAUUCGCAAAUGGAAGAAACACAAACGAACUGUCAAUCUCCCUCGGCCUGGGGCUCCACGUAAGAUCUCACCUCGUGGAGUUGCAAUGAUCAUGAGAACGGUGAGGAAUCAGCCCAGAACUACACGGGAGGAUCUUGUCAAUGAUCUCAAGGAAGCUGGGACCAUAGUCACCAAGAAAACAAUUGGUAACACACUACACCGUGAAGGAUUGAAAUCCUGCAGCGCCCGCAAGGUCCCCCUGCUCAAGAAAGCACAUAUACAUGCCCGUCUGAUGUUUGCCAAUGAACAUCUGAAUGAUUCAGAGGAGAACUGGGUGAAAGUGUUGUGGUCAGAUGAGACCAAAAUCGAGCUCUUUGGCAUCAACUCAACUCGCCGUGUUUGGAGGAGGAGGAAUGCUCCCUAUGACCCCAAGAACACCAUCCCCACCAUCAAACAUGGAGGUGGAAACAUUAUGCUUUGGGGGUGUUUUUCUGCUAAGGGGACAGGACAACUUCACCGCAUCAAAGGGACGAUGGACGGGGCCAUGUACCGUCAACUCUUGGGUGAGAACCUCCUUCUCUCAGCCAGGGCAUUGAAAAUGGGUCGUGGAUGGUAUUCCAGCAUGACAUUGACCCAAAACACACGGCCAAGGCAACAAAGGAGUGGCUCAAGAAGAAGCACAUUAAGGUCCUGGAGUGGCCUAGCCAGUCUCCAGACCUUAAUCCCAUAGAAAAUCUGUGGAGGGAGCUGAAGGUUCGAGUUGCCAAACGUCAGCCUCGAAACCUUAAUGACUUGGAGAAGAUCUGCAAAGAGGAGUGGGACAAAAUCCCUCCUGAGAUGUGUGCAAACCUGGUGGCCAACUACAAGAAACAUCUGACCUCUGUGAUUGCCAACAAGGGUUUUGCCACCAAGUACUAAGUCAUGUUUUGCAGAGGGGUCAAAUACUUAUUUCCCUCAUUUAAAAUGCAAAUCAAUUUAUAAUAUUUUUGACGUGCGUUUUUCUGGAUUUAUUUGUUGUUAUUCUGUCUCUCACUGUUCAAAUAAACCUUCCAUUAAAAUUAUAGACUGAUCAUUUCUUUGUCAGUGGGCAAACGUACAAAAUCAGCAGGGGAUCAAAUACUUUUUUCCCUCACUGUAUGUGGUCCGGAAGUCGGAAGCUUAGACUACUAUACCAGACUCCGGCACGGUUAUUGAAUUAUUAAACAAAUAAUGCAAUAUAUUUUUCUGUUUUUUGUGUGUACCAGCGUGAAGAAGAGUUGAGAAAGGAGGAGGAGAGGAAGAAGGUUGCGGAGGAGAGGCAACGCUUCGAGGAGGAGAGAAUGGAGCUGGAAAGGAAAGAGCAAGAGGACAGAGAGAAGAGGUACCGCGAGAGGGAGAGGCAGAUUGAGGAACACAGGUGGGCCGCCGUGUCUUAUGGGUAAUGUGAAGUAUCACUGUAAACUCUUGUGAUUGGUCCAUGUGGUAACUGUGUGUGUGUGUGUGGGUGUGGAGCAGAAAGAAGAUGCAGGAGGAAGAGGAGGCCAAAGAGAGGACACGGAACCAGCCCCUCAUAGUAAGUGUGUGUCAGGGCUGGGGUCAAUUUGAAUUGAAGGCUGUCAAAAUUCAAAAAUGGAAAAGCUUUUGACAUAAAGAGUUCCAUUUAUUGAGAAGUCAUUGAAAACAGAUUGUUAUUUAUGUUUACUUCUUGAAUUCAUACCAUAGUAAGAGUGUGUGUGUGUAUUUGUACUCUUUAAGAAAGUGUGUGUGUUUGUAUAGUAACAGAGCAUGUACUGUAUGCAAAUUCUCUGUUCCGUGCCAAAGAGGGUCUUGCCUUAGUUACUGAAAGAGGCAGUCUGCUUUUAGAGAUAAUUUCUGAUCAAAAUUUGAGACUAGUCAUUGAUAUUGUCUGGGGAGAAAGAUUAAGAAGAAUCAAUAAUUAAUUUCCUGUUUAAAAAAAUUCAACUUUAAUUCAAUAGUAGCAUCAACAUUAAUAUUUUCAGCCCUGACACAACAUGAAACAAUAAGGUUUAUUCUCCAAAUAUUGUAUCCCACAAUGUUUUCACUUAUCUCCUUCCUCUUACUAUUCCACUAUAGCCACUGUUAUUUUAAGACUAACUUCCUGCGAAAACAAUACUUCUGUUUUCUGAACACUGAACAUGCCUGCUUGUAUGUCUGUGCUUCUGUAAUGGCUGCCAUGCAGUGAUAACUUAAUUAUGUACUAAUAUGGUUGUAUGAAAUGGAAGACAUAUUUUAUGCUUCUAUAUUGUGGUUUGUAGACAAUCAUGCUGCAAUCCUUCUAGUGGUGGAUGACAUCACUGUGAUUGAAACAUGUAGGCUCUGCUGCACCCUGCUGGAUAGAUAUAGACGAUAUAAACAACUAUACUCUCUCCUUGUAUACCGCUCUCUCUCUCUCUCUCUCUCUCUCUCUCUCUCUCUCUCUCUCUCUCUCUCUCUCUCUCUCUCUCUCUCUCUCUCUCUCUCUCUCUCUCGCUCUCUCUCGCUCUCUUUGCAGUCAGCAGAACCUAGCUAUGAGGAUCUGGAGAAAGAGAAGAAGGAGACUGAAGUGGAGGUGGGUUGAAAAAACAUAGCAUACAAACACUGCUACUACAAAACACAAAUACACUGUCCCUGGUCACUGAAAUGACUGAUUUGUUGUACUAUAGCCUACUUUACCUUGCCAUGAUAUAUAAGAUUGUGUGUCCCACUCCUCUCCAGUGUUAGUAGGUUGAGACCGAGAGUAAAGUACAUUGUAUCUGUAUCCUAGACUUAUGGCCUGCAUAUGUGUGUCAUUGUGACAGUAGCACUCCUGGGCUUUGGAUUUGUGUUAGUGGGACAACUCAGGCUACACUAGGAUGUGUCUCUGACUCUGUGUGUAAGAGAAAUGCUGGGUGAGAGUGUUUGUGCUCUUGCGUGCUUUUGUGGUGUGAGUGUAUUACCUAUGUGUGAAAAGUAUCUCACAGUGGUGUGUGUGUGUUCUGCUUGUCUAACGUUGUACUGUAUGUCUGUCUGUUGACAGGAGGCGAAAGCCCUGAUUGCCCAGCGGGCGGACAAUCCCAGGGAGUUCUUUAAGCAGAAGGAGAAGGCUGUGGCCACUGGUGUGGACGUCUCUCCUGUCUCUAUCCACAGGGCCGGUAAGACCGGAGGGAGGGAGGGAGGGAGGGAGGGAGGGAGGGAGGGAGGGUGGAUGGAUGUCUUUGGGUCUCCCAAACCACCAUUCGUCCUGUCAUUCACCUCGUCACCUACCUCAGUCCCUGUACUGUACUGUGUGUCACCAGUGUGUCUGUUAUCACUGUAUGGUAGUGGACAGAGUCCUUUGGACCCAGACACCUGGAUAUCCCACAGAGAUCUAGAAGCCAGGAGAACAGUUGGAGUAGAAUUCAGAUGAAGAUGCGGAGUAAUCCAGUUGAAGACAAAGAGGAAGAUGUAGGUGGAAUAUGGAAGAAGAGAGACAGAUUCUCUAGCAGUGUUCCCUUGCAGACUACAUAGAUACGGAUAACAAGUGGCUCAAAGGAGCUGGAUGGAAACUGGAAGAAGUGCCUGACUCAGUGAGGCUCUCCAUACUGAAGAAGACAACACACUGUCUCCUCUCCACCUGCAAACCCAAGCAACCAAAGAAUCUCCCUGAAACAAUCUGUUUUUGUCAAGAAACAGCAUAUUUUCAUAAUGGACCAUAGCCUCUGUGUUCAUUCCAAGUCCAUCUGAAGAUACUGAACUGAAUCCAUGUUCAGUUCCUUUCUCCAUCAUUAAUGAGCUUGGUGCAAAAGAACUGGGAGAGAAAGAUUUUAAAAAAAAAAUAACAGUGCUUCUCAUUUCCACUACGGCACACUUUGUCCACAGUGUGUCAAUAUCACAAUAACAACUCUCUUUCUCUCUCUCUUUGACCUCACUCCUUUGGUUUGAUUCAUGGUUGUGCGUCCAUUUGUCUUGUCGUCUGCCUCUCCAUUCAUCCACCCAUCCAUCCGUACAUUUUAUUCCUCCGGUGUCUCCCUCUGUUCUUCCUCCGGAACCUCUCUUGGGUGUCUCCUCUUCUCUCCUCACUAAUGGGUUUAUAUGGGAUCAUGCCCAUUCCCCCACAAUCCUUCACUUCUCACGGGGAUCCUCUUGGGCCUAACCUCGUUUUAUCUUGACUUUCUCCUUCCUGUCUUCCUCCUACUCUCCCCUGUCUCUCUCUCUCCUCUGUCUCUCUAUCACCCUCUCCCUAUCUUGUCUUUCCUUAUCCUCCCUGCGUCUGUAUGUAUGUGUGCGUCGCUGUGUGUGUGUGUCGCUCCGUGUAUGUGUGUGUGUCGCCCCCUGGGCCCUGUCUUUUGUCAGGCCGUUUGGACAGCCCGUUACCAGGCCGUUUGGACAGCCCGUUCUUGAAGCAGCAGCACAGUCCCAGCGAGCCCAGUCCGCCCCCCCUCCGCACCCCGCCUCAUGCGAGGCUGCAGCCCGCUGCACCCGGUAGGUACUGGACAGGAAGAGGAGCAGGGAGGACAUGGAGAGCCCCCCACCCACCCUCACAGGACCACAGUAGAGGACACUCACCCCAAAUCCCACUCUAAAGCUGCUGUAAUAAACUCGGCCCCCUCUCCUACCCCAUCCUUACUUACCCCUGCUAGCUCAGAGGACAACUGUUAGCUAACCUGGGCCUGACAUGCUCUAUUCUAUUUUGAGUCCUUGGCGAGACUGAAAUAUACAUCUCCAUGAUAAAGUGGACCAUGUUGGGACUGUCUGUAGGAGAUGGGUGUCUGUGCAGUGUGCUAAAACCCACAGUGCCCUGUGCUAAAAGUCCUCCCGGUGUUAUGACAGAUCCUGUGUCUGUCAGUCAGCACUCUCUUGGUUUGGCCUCUUUCAGUGUGCUUUUAGUUGUCUUGCUGAUGAUGGCUGUUUAUAUCAAAGAGCUGUGUCGAUCAUGGCCCUUAGUUCUCCCUGCUAUUGUCUCUUAUAUAUCCUAUCACAAAUUAAUCUUAGUGUGUUCGGGUAGGUAGUUAUUAUUAUUAUCUUGUCAACGGCCUCAAGUCUUCCAUCCCCUUCACACCAAUGAUGUUUACUCCAUUAUUCUUCUCGGUCACAAUGUUUAUAUGUUGUCCACUGAGGUCUGAUCUUUUAUCCAGGGGUUGUGGGGAUGGUAGGAUGGUUAGUCAUAGUAAACCAUAUUGGGCAGGUUUUCACCUGGAGGAGAAUUGGAGGAGAAUUAUCCAAACCUGUAUACAGUAGGUUCCAUGCUCCAUUAUUUGUUUUGGCGAUCUCACUUCGUAUCCACCUUUACCCCCUUCUUCUUACCCCGUUUCUGCUCUCAUGCUACUCUUGAUGGACUGCGAUGCUCUGCUCCACCCGUACACACAUACCUCGCGUACCUCCUGAACUAUAACCUGUGAGUGUGUGUGCCGUCGUCGUCGUCGAGCUGCUCGUUCAGUUGUGUUGCCCAUGGUCACUGGGCUUGUGUUGUGGGCCCUGUGUGACCAUUAUGGAUGUUACCUCUGACCUAUGUGGAGUAUUGUACUGUAACUGUACUGUGUCUUUCUCAAUGUUGUGUGGUCUGUCUGUGAAGGCAGCUCUGGUAAGGGUGGCCAACCAAUUCUAACUAGUUCCAACCAGUUCCUACUAGAUCCAACCCCCCAGCUAAGUCAUAAAAUGUGUUUUACUGCAAAUGGAUUCCUAUACCACCAUGAAAUUCAGCCUGAACUUUUCACCUCUGCAUGUGAAAUAUUGCUCCCCUUAAAUUGAAACUGUGUUUAUAAAUGGUUCAGCUUUGAUGAGGACAGGGGACAAUAUCCUAUCCUCCUCUCUUCUCUUAGUAUUUAAAGACCCCUAGAUUAGUAGUGAAGUGGGAAGACCACCCAAGCAAGAUGCUGCCGUCACUGUAUAUCAUCAACAGUCAUGUACAGUCAGCCAUCUUUAUGUCCUGUUGCUCCCAGUCACAGUGAUGUUGGUCAUUAUCAAUGGUUUGUUGGUGCUUUGGCUCUUAGUAAUCACGAGCCCAUUCUGUUAUUGUGUUAGCUGUUCCUGGUCUCAAUUGAAUUGAAUUGAAGGGAAUUGUGUUUGGUGUAUCAGCCUGUAUAAUGUGCUGUGGUUUAUUCUUUAAGUGGAUAUUAAUUGUCUCUCAUCGAGAUUCGCCCUCCUCAGGUCAAGUCUCCAGGGUCAUUCUUUGCAAUGUGCAUACAGACAGCAGAGAAUCACUAGCUGACUCCAAAACAGAUUUGUCCACAAAUCACUUAAUGUGUCCUUUUAAUGGACAAUACACACAUCCACAAUGUACUGUAUACUGGGGCAUGGUUAAAUCAGUCAAAACAUGUAAACAAAAAAUAAUCAUCCACAAAGUAUUGCUGCUCUCAAAGGUGAAUUCACUGUUUAGAUCAAGACAAACAACAUCACCAUGAAGAUCUGAGGGUAUUUUUGCUCAAGGUGUUGAAGAUGCCCCUAACCAAAGAUCAGCUUACUUUACCUCCAGUCCUAUUCAUAAUAAUUGGAUGUUUGACCUGUAUCAGUGGUUAGGGGGAACUUCUACCUACAGUACUAAUUGAAGGCCAUGUAGUGUAUUGUAGUGGAGAGAAGAUAUAGCCCAUAUGGAGUAACUGUUGCUGCAGCUCAUGCAUGGGAAUAUCACUGUUGCUGCUGCUUACUUACAGCUAUAUGCACAUAUGCCUGCUGGGAAGGACCCACGCUUCACCGCCGCCAGUGAAAUCACCCAUGCGUCACAUGAUCUCAUCCCCAGCUGCAUUUGUGCUUCAGCAGAUAUACUCUGACACAGCUGCUGUUGCACCAUUGAAGUCGCUAUUGAAAUGAUUAACCACACCAUUGUCAUCUUCAGUGUGAAAUUGAAUUCAGUGUUCAGGCUAGCCUGACAGUGCUUAUUGUGACCAUUGGUGGUAUUUCAUUGUGUUCAUGAUGUAAUUUUGUGGUGGCAUUUUGACUGUGUUUGGUAUUCGGUUGUUUGGUAACAUUUUUGAAAGUGUUGUUGAUUUGAUUGUGUGGUGGUGCAGUAUUUCUAUUGUGUUGGUGAUUUGAUUGUUAGGUAUCAUUUUGAUUGUGAAUGAUGGUAUUGUAUGAUGGUGAUGUUUGGUGGUGAUUAUGGGAAGUUGUGGUGGUCUUCCCUCUCGAUGUGUGUUGUCUGACCUUCCUCCUCCAGAUGGCGAUGAUGAAGGGAGCUCAGACCGCAGCAUGGGGACGUCCCCAACGCCUAUCCCUAAAAUAGUCACCACACCCAUCCAGGAGGCAGAGGACGACAGCCGGAACGAGUGGGGUAAGACUGGACAGAGUUCAGUUAUACUGGGCAAGACUGAGGGCCUAACAAAGACUUAAAUCCUUAAUUUCUGUUUAGGCUACUUUGUAGCUAAUGUUAGCAUUUAAAGCUAUUGAAAGCCCUGGCCCUGUUGGCUAUCAUUUAUCCCAUACAAACAAACACAGAUCACACACACACACACACACACACACACACACACACACACACACACACACUGGGACUGUGUGUUUUCCCAGGCCUCAUUUGCCUUCACAGAUGGCUGGGCUUGCCCUGCUCAUGUCUCUAGGCCCCAGUGGCACUCUGAUACAUAUACUGUAGACUAUGGGGUAUUGUGUGUAGAUUGAUGAGGGGAAAACAAUGUUUUAAUCAAUUUUAGAAUAAGGCUUUAAUGUAACAAAAUCUGGAAAAAGUCAAGGGGUCUGAAUACUUUCCGAAUGCACUGUACAUUUUACGGACACAGUAUAUUUUACACUAAUUAUAUUUUGUUUGUUUUUAGUCCCAUCCUUUAGCUACCCUCAACCCCUCCCAUCUAUCUCUGAAGACCAUCCAGUUUUGAUUACUAUUUGCCAUAUAUUUUUAACUGUGAUGUUUCACAAAAGUUCUGAACCUAUAUACAUUUUACAGACACAGUAUAUUUUACAUUUAGUUAUCUUGUUAUUUUUAGUCCCACCCUUCAGCUCCACUCAACCCCUCCCAUCUAUUUCUGAACACCAUCCAGUUUUGAUUUCUAUUUGCCAUAUUCUUUUCAACUCUGCUGUGUGUGAUGUUUUACAAAAGUUCUGAACCUUUCUAUUCUCAUAGUUUCUACAGAUUGUAAAUUAAAGAUAAACAUUUUUGCUAAGAGUAUUAUUAUAUUAUUGAUCGAUUGAGUGUGGCUUUUCAAAUCCCCCAGCAGUGCUAUUUGCGGAGUUAGCUCCAGGUAAAUGUUGCAAUUCUUCAGCUAUUCCUGAACCUGCGACCAAAAACAAGCUACAUAUGGACAGUACCAAAACAAAUGAUCUAAUGAUUCUGUCUUUUCGCAGCAAAAUCUGCAGAGCUGGGGUGGUUGUAUCCCCCAUAUAUAUAACAUUCUAUUGGUUGCAUGAAUUUUGUAUAAUCAUUUAAAUAGAAAAACUCUUAAGUUUUGACUCUGGUGUCGUUUUGUGUAUCAGUUCAUAAACCAUGUGCCAUGGAAUAGGUACAUCAAAAAUAUCUUCCCGACUAUUUUGCAAUCUGUCAAUUUCUUUGUCCAUAAAUUAAACUGGUAUACUUUUUUAUUUAUCACAAUUUUCUUUAACCAAUUUUGGUCUUUAAUGCAGGGCCAACAGACAAGUUCCUUACUUUCUCCCCCUUCCGCUUGCCGCUUUCAUUUAUGCGGUAAUGCUGUAAUUACUUGGUUGUAAUUUUGGGUAGAGCAGAUGUUUCAAUAUAUGAGUUUAACCAUAUUUGUUGUAUUAUUUGUUCUGUCUUUUCUGGUGGAUUAAACUGAAAUUGCAACCAACUUGUUUUAAAAAAGUAUGAUCUUUGGACUGUUUCACUUUGUCUCCUAUCAGGGCUUAUUGAUAACAACUUUUGACUGUUAUCAAUAACAUUCCCCCUCCUCCCUCUCUCCCUCCCCUCCAGGUGAGCCCAAGCAGCAGCCAGGCCCGGUCCAGGAGUCCACCCCCACCAAACCCGUUCAGAGCGUGGCCCCGCAGACCCGCCCAGACUCCAAAGCCCCUUCCUCAGCCUCAGAUGACUACGACCCCUUCUCAGGCUUCAGGCCCCUUCCCGCCCCCACCGCCGCAGACCCCCUGGUCGACCUAUGGGACAGCAGUCCUGCCACAGGCUCCACCCCAUCUCAGGCCCUGCCCCCUGGAGGGCGAGUCGAGCCCCUGCUGAGCUUCGACGAGAUGGGGGACGUACCAUUCUGCCCGGCGGGCCCCGGGGGUGCUGAGGACGAGCCCUCCAGCCUGGUGGAUGUGGCUGGGACCCACGAUAUGACCCUGAGCUACCAGCAUGCACUGCAGCAUGCUUCAGAUGACACUCAGCUGAUGACCAAUGGGGAGACGCUGCUCAAAGAAGGGACUCAGGUCAUUACAACAUAUUACAUGUCUUGGCAGAACUUUACAUUAUGUUAGCCUUAUGCCAAGUAGUUACUUUGAAACUACUUUGAUAACCAGAAUGUAAUUAACAUUGAACACAUUUUCCUGAAUUUCAGCUUGAAUUUCAUAUCAUGUAGGGUUUAUGACUUGUUGUGAAUUGUAUACUUUGUAUGCCUGUAUUGAAUCUCUCCUUUUUCUAAAGUCAUAAUAGUAUGUGCCACAAGAUGGCAGUAAAUGCAUUCUACAGCAGCAGUAGUGAGUGCCACUGGUUACCUAGGAGAGAGAGGAUGGCAGUCUGUUCUGUGUUCCUGAUAUGGAACAAAGACUGACACACAGAGAUACACUAACACACACAGUACAGUACUGGAUUAUACAAAUUGCCCCAAGAUAUCCCGUACUGUACAUGCAGUAUUUGUUUGAACAGUGUGCCCUUGUGAUGGCAUAGCUGGAGGAAAAUGUCUAUAUGCUGAGACAAUACUGUUAUUAACUAAUCUGUCUGUCUGUGUAGGCGAGCGAGGGCUACUUCAGCCAAUCGCAGGAGGAGGAGGACUGCUCUGCUAAAAUGACCCCAACGCCAGUGUUUUAUAACAAGCCACCAGGUGAGAGAGAGCGAGAGAGCAUCAUGUCAGGAUUAAGCCUAAAAAUAACCUUCCUGUCAGAAAGAUGUGAGGAGGGGGAUUAUUCUGUUGGAAAAACAUCAUUAUAUGAAAAAGCACCAGCCUGGCUAUCUGCUUCUGUAUUCAACUAUGUUCCAUUGGUAGUUUGUUUGGCGAAGUCAGAAACACAUUGUUAUUGUUAUUUAAGAACUGCUGUCACACUUCUUUUUGAUUUAUAAUGAUUGUUACAGUAUGUGGUUGUUUCUGCCCCCUUGUUUGACAUAUUGUAAGACACACUUGAUGAAAAUACUAAAGUGUGUGUGUGUAAAGAUUGACCCAGUGGAUUUGUGGAGCUUUAUCUAUGCACUGUGUGUGUGUACAGAGAUUGACAUCACGUGCUGGGACACGGACCCUGUAAUGGAGGACAGCGACUAGACGAUGGUGGAGUAGUACGGUCCGGUGGAGGGAAGUAGAAACAACGCAUCAUCAACGACGAAACUGAUUUUUUAAAAAGUAAUAAUAAGAAGUCUUGCAUAAAAAAAAAAAAUCGGUAUAAUGUUCUAGAAUAAAACAAAAAUGUUAGCCACCGAAAAGGUUGUCAAGUUAUUGUUAGAGAUGCUAAUUGGUUGAUGAUGAGCUCUUGUUUUUUUUUUUUUAAUGUAUUUCUUAGAUUUCUCCUUAUUUGCUAUGCAGAGUAAAUAGCAGGGAGUGGGAACUACUUUAUUGCGUACUUAUAUACACAGCUCAGUAGCGCAUGGCUGUGUCUUCUACAGCAGACUAUGACCCCUGUACCAGACAGGUAGCCUAUUAGAAGGUAGAGCAAACCCUAUUGUGACCAAUCACAAUAUUCCUACCACAGCCCCCCCCCACCCCUCCUCUCUCCCCCAACCCUGGGCCCCAC